GCCAUGCACAAGAAGCUUGGACAUCUAAUGAGCCAAGAAUCAAUUAUAAUGGAGGCUCCAAAGCCAGAUCUGAAAGAACCAUCAGUCAAGGUUCCUGAAGACAAACCACCACGUCAAAACAAAAGGAGAUACACAUAUUUAGUUACUGCUGAAAAUCAAAAGAAGAGAAACAGUGUAGACUCAGAUAUUGCAAGAGCAUUUCCUGGUGGACCAGCAGCCCACGUCUCCUUUUCACAAAAAACGGCAAAUUGUUUGACAGUAAGAGCUGAAGGUUCUAGUUCUGGGGUGUACAAUUGUCCAAAACAACCACCGCUUACUACUGACAAUACCACUCCUGUUUCCUCCAACCAAUUCACUGAUAAAUUGUUAAGUAAACCAAGAUCACCUGUUGGGUUGGUAAGAUCUUCUUCAGAAAGUCCCCGACACACAGCAAACAUUAUAAAACAUUACAAAUCACCCUCUCCAAGAGAAUUAGUAAGGAAUCCCCCCAGAAACUCAACAAAUACCUCAAUCAUUGUCUCACUCCAAUCUGGUCAGAAUCCCCCAGCUCCCUCUGCAUCAGUGUCUCCAAGAAUUAGCCGACUGCUUCCUGGAAUACUUGACCGUGAUGAAACGGUCAGGGAAGAGAGAAUCCAGAGGCUUAAAAUACUUUGUAGUGAAUACAAUCAGAAGGUUGAGGAAUUGCAGCAGCAUAAGAAGCUAUAAACGCAGAUUGUACCGAUACUGUGUCCGCAAAGAAGAAAAUAAAUAAAUUAAAGAAACGUCAUUUUUCGUCAUUUUUGUCUGUUUUGCAAAGAAAAGAAACUUAACUUACAUUGCUAGCGUCAACGCCAACAGAAGUCAGACGUAGAUAUACAGCUAGCAAUCUGAUGAAGAAAUGAUAGUAGCACUGUCUCAAUCGUUAGCGGCUACUUCUGGCAAUGCUACACAGUUAUACUUGGCCUGAAAAAAGAAAUACAUUUUGUUUUGAUUCAUGAAUUUUCAAAUUUGGUUUUGUCUGAAAUGUGAACAAUAUAGAU